GUAAACGCCACGGCGCCGCGAGGCACCGCCCCCGACGGGGGCUAGCUGUCCAUGGGUCGGUAGUGACGGUGCUCCCCCUGCGCUGUCGGAGGCCGCGGGUGGUAGAACCAUGGCUGUCGCCUCAUCGGCGGUCACGUUGCCGGCUGUCGUGGAGGAGCUCCUGAGCGAGAUGGCCGCGGCAGUGCGGAACAGCGCGCGAAUUCCUGAUGAGCAUCUAUUAUCGCUGAAGUUUGUCUUUGGCUCAUCAGCCCUCCAGGCCUUGGACCUUGUUGACCGACAGUCCAUCACUUUAAUCUCAUCGCCCAGUGGAAGGCAUGUUUACCAGGUACUUGGAAGUUCUGGUAAAAUGUACACAUGCUUGGCUUCCUGCCACUACUGCUCCUGUCCUGCCUUUGCCUUCUCAGUGCUGCGGAAGAGUGACAGCCUGCUGUGCAAGCAUCUCUUGGCAGUUUAUCUCAGUCAGGUUAUGGGGACCUGUCAGCAGCUUAGCGUCUCAGACAAGCAGUUGACUGACAUAUUGAUGGAGAAGAAACAAGAAGCAUAAAAGGGACAUUGCAGAAGCAAUUGAAGCCCCGUGAACAAACAGAUGAAAAGGAUGAUUCUACAGCUCAGGAAACCCCCAACCCUGGGUCCCUGAAACAAAAGGUGCCAGUGAAUGAAUGCUGUGUGAAAAGGCCA